GACUGUAAACAAGGAAGUGGUUUAGUGUGACAAGAGACACCUGUUGAGUUGAGUUCGUAAGAUUUCAGUUUCAUAGAUUUAUAUUAUCAAGCCCAGCAAAUAUGAAUUCACAAGAAUUGCAAGAAAUAAACAAUACUCGUGAAUCAUGGUGUGCUGUAGAAUUAAGCAAUCGGCAGUCCUGGUGUAGAACAGAAAGGAAGCACAACCCAGAUGCAUUUAAAAGCACAGCGUUCAGUCCAAACAGAAACCAGGAAACAGCGUCGAGAUGUACUUUUGAAGUCAACGAUAGAACACACAGAGAGCGACGACAUUUCCCAAACAAAAGCUCUUACAGCCAUCUAGCUAUUUGAGUCAUUAUCACAUCCAUCAAGUCAACCACGAGCUGAGAAGAUCGAUGAUGGUGCUACCAUGGCGACGGUCACACAUGCUAUUUGACAUGAAUACUGAUGUGGGUGAACUUGUUCAACUUUUAAACUUGGAGCAAUAUUAAUAUAUUUCAUCAUGGUGCAUUAUCAAAUAUAAUCUAAAGUUUUGAAAAUUAAUAAUAUGCAAAAAUAAUAAAUAUGCAUAUCUUAGAUAGCCUAUGCAUAUUCAUAUGCAUCAAUGUUGGACUUGUAGUCGUAGAAUUUAGAUUUAAUGGAAACUUGUUGAAUAAAACAAACAAAUUGUUGAUCUAAGCAAUCACAUUUGCAAUAAAUUUGAUAUUAAAAUAUAUGUUUGAAAAACCCUACAAAAUGCACAAUUAAAUAACUUCCAGUUUCAACUGAAUAUUAGAUAUGAAAUUUUGAUUUUAAAAAUAUUAUUACAGUAAAA